AUGUCUUCUCAGGGUUCUAGAUUGCAGGGCAAAGUCGCCAUUGUCACCGGAGGAGGAUCCGGUUUCGGUGCUGCGAUUGCCCGUCGAUUUGGCGAAGAGGGGGCCAAAGUCAUUGUCGCCGAUAUCAACACAGAGGGAGGCGAGAAGGUGGCUGCCCAAAACCCCGCCAAUUUGGUGUUCCAACGCGUGGAUGUUACACAAGCAGAGGAGUGGAAACAAGUGACAGAUUUGGCCUUCUCUAAGUUUGGCAAGCUGGACAUCCUGGUCAACAAUGCCGGAACUACCUAUCGCAACAAGCCCACCGCCGAGGUCACCGAAGAUGAGUGGGAGCGUGUGUUCAAAGUCAAUGUCAAGAGUAUCUACUUGGCUAGCACGGUAGUUAUCCCACGUCUUAUCGAGCAGGGCAGUGGUGGCUCGAUCAUCAACAUCUCCUCCACCGGUGCAGCUCGCCCACGCCCUGGUCUGGUCUGGUACAAUGCCUCCAAGGGCGCGGUUACAAAUGCCACCAAAGGCCUAGCUGCAGAGUACGGUCCUCACAACAUCCGCGUGAACAGUGUGGCUCCUUUGCUUUCUGGUACCGGCCUGUUUUCCAUGUUCACCGGGAUGGAAGAUACACCCGAAAACCGCGCCAAGUUCCUCGGCAAUGUGCCUCUGGGUCGCUUGACCGAAGCUGACGAUAUUGCCAACAUGUGUCUCUACCUUGCCAGCGACGAGGGUAGCUUCAUCAAUGGUACAGAGAUGGUGGUUGACGGCGGAAAAUGCGUUUGA